AUGCAGGCACCUGUGGAACACCGAUGGAGCCCAUACGCCGACAAUGGCGGAACUUGUCUUGGUGUUGCAGGCGAGGAUUUCGUGGUGGUGGCGGCAGACACCCGCCUUAGCCAAGGAUACAGCAUUCACACGCGCGACUGCAGCAAAGUGACGCAGCUGACGGACAAGUGCGUCAUCGUGUCAUGUGGCAUGAAGGCAGAUGCCAUUACUCUCCACAAGCACCUGAAGGCACGGCUGGUGAUGUAUGAGCACCAGCAUCGCAAACAGGCAUCCGUCACAGCAAUUGCACAGAUGCUCGCAACGACUCUGUACUACAAGCGCUUCUUCCCGUACUACACGUUCAACGUGCUCUGCGGCAUCGAUGAUGAGGGCAAGGGCGCAGUGUACCACUAUGAUGCCAUCGGUAGCUUUGAGCGCGUCCCCUACACCACCAGCGGUAGUGGCAGUUCCUUGGUGAUGAGUGUGCUCGACGCGCAGAUUGCAAAGGGGAAUCAGACCGUUGACACCCCUCCCCUGGACAAGAGAGGCAUUGUCGAACUUGCAAAAGACGUCCUCUCUUCAGUCGGGGAGCGUGACAUUCACACGGGUGACUACGCUGAGAUCUUUCUCAUUGACGCAUCUGGUGUUACCCCUACACGUUUCGACCUGAAGCUGGACUGA